CGGGCGUCUGCUGAUUGUACGGACGCCGGGCGCCGCGGUCACCGGAGCCGCUGACUCUGCCUGGCUGUUGUCGCUGUCGCCGCUGCCGCUGCCGCUGCCGCUGCCAACAUGGCUCAGUACAAGGGCGCCGCGAGCGAGGCGGGCCGCGCCAUGCACCUGAUGAAGAAGAGAGAGAAGCAACGCGAGCAGAUGGAGCAGAUGAAGCAGCGGAUCGCCGAGGAGAACAUAAUGAAAUCCAACAUUGAUAAGAAGUUCUCUGCACACUAUGAUGCUGUGGAGGCAGAGCUCAAGUCCAGCACAGUGGGACUUGUGACCUUGAAUGACAUGAAGGCCAAGCAGGAAGCACUGGUGAAGGAACGGGAGAAGCAGCUGGCCAAGAAGGAGCAGUCCAAGGAACUGCAGCUGAAGUUGGAGAAGCUGCGAGAGAAGGAACGCAAGAAAGAGGCUAAGAGGAAGAUCUCCAGCCUGUCCUUCACUCUGGAGGAAGAAGAGGAGGUGGGCGAGGAGGAGGAGGAGGAGGCCAUGUAUGAGGAGUUGGAAAGGGAAGCUCCAGAGAUCCCCACGAAGAAGAGGAAAUUGGGAAAGAACCCAGAUGUGGACACAAGCUUUUUGCCUGACCGUGACCGCGAGGAGGAGGAGAAUCGGCUCCGGGAAGAGCUGCGGCAGGAAUGGGAGGCCAAGCAGGAGAAGAUCAAGAGUGAAGAGAUUGAAAUCACUUUCAGUUAUUGGGAUGGCUCUGGGCACCGGCGGACAGUCAAGAUGAAAAAAGGCAACACUAUGCAGCAGUUCCUGCAGAAGGCACUUGAGAUCCUGCGCAAAGACUUCAGUGAGCUCAGGUCGGCAGGGGUGGAGCAGCUCAUGUACAUCAAGGAAGAUUUAAUCAUACCCCACCACCAUAGCUUCUAUGAUUUCAUCGUCACCAAGGCACGAGGGAAGAGUGGGCCGCUCUUCAAUUUUGAUGUUCAUGAUGAUGUGCGGCUGCUCAGUGAUGCCACUGUGGAGAAGGAUGAGUCACAUGCGGGCAAGGUGGUGCUAAGGAGCUGGUAUGAGAAGAACAAGCACAUCUUCCCCGCCAGCCGCUGGGAACCAUAUGACCCUGAGAAGAAGUGGGACAAGUACACGAUCCGGUGAAUGCACAGGUGGAGCAGACUUGCUCCCCCAGUUUCCUACAGUCUCCCCACUCCCUGGGCCUCUAGGACUCCAGAUGCCUGGCUCCUCCCUCCUGUGACGUCACUGAUCAUCCCCUGCCCCCCGAUGUUGUCAUUUACUGCUUUUUUCUUGUAUGAUUAAUGCACAUGGCCCUGACCAGUGUGGCUCAGUUGGUUGGGCAUCGUCCCACAAAGUGAAAGGUCACCGGUUUGAUUCCUGGUCAGGGCACAGGCCUGGCUUGUGGGUUCGGUCCUGCCCCCCCCAGCCCCCACCACUAUCAGGUUGCAUAUGAGAGUCAACCUAUCCAUGUUUCUCUUGCACAUUGAUGUUUCUCUCCCUGACUUUCUCCCUCCCUUCCCCUCUCUCUCAAAAUAAAUGAAUAAAAUCUUAAAAAAAAAAAAAAAAAAAAAGAGCGCGCGCGCGAGCCCUGGCUGGUGUGGCCCAGUGGAUUGAGUGCCAGCCUGUGAACCAAAGAGUCACUGGUUCUAUUCCCAGUCCAGGGCACACGCCUCGGUUGCAGGCCAGGUCCCCAGUAGGGGGAGUGUGAGAGGCAACCACGCACUGAUGUUUCUCUCCCUCUCCCUCUCCUCCCCUCUCUAAAAAUAAAUAAAUGAAACCUUGUAGGGAAAAAAAAAAAGAAAUGUACAUGUCAGAGUCAGAGCAGUGUUUUAUUUUUAAAAAGACACGUUUUUUUAGAUAAAAUUCACAUAACAAAGCUCACCAUUUUGGCCAUUUGCAAGUGUGCAUUCAGAGGUGUUUGGUACAUUGACAAUGCUGUGCAGCCAUCACCUCUGUCUAGUUCCAGAAUAUUUCUAGCACCCAAAAAGAGACCCCAUGCCCAUUAGCAGUCUCCCCCAGCCCCUGGCAUCCCCUAGUCUACUUCCCGUCUCUGUGGAUUUGCCUAUUCUGAAAGUUUCACAU